GGGCGGCCCCAUCGCGGCCGGCGCGGAGCCGGCAUGGAGCGCUACGAGGCCUACGGCUUCUCGGGGGCCAUGAGCGGCGCCUUCCUGCUGUCCUGCCUGCUCUUCGCGGCCGUCAGCCGCCGCCAGCGCGGGCCCUACAUGGACGAGGUGUUCCACGUCCCGCAGGCGCAGGCCUAUUGCCACGGCCGCUUCCUGCAGUGGGACCCCAUGAUCACCACGCUGCCCGGCCUGUACCUGCUCUCGGUGGGAGUGGUGAAGCCCGCGGCGUGGCUCCUCGGCUGGACGGGAAGCGUGGUGUGCUCUGUGGGAAUGCUCAGGUUUAUCAAUCUCCUCUUCAGUGCUGGGAACUUCUACUUACUGUACUUGCUUCUGUUCAAGAUCCAUCAGAAGAAUAAGGCUGUGUCUGGAUGCCAGAGGAUCUUGUCUGCAUUAACUCUUGCAGCAUUUCCCACCCUUUAUUUUUUUACAUUCCUUUAUUAUACAGAUCCAGGAUCAGUAUUUUUUACUCUUUUUUCCUAUUUAAUGUGCCUUUAUGGUAACCAUAAAACUUCUGCUCUCCUUGGAUUUUGUGGCUUCAUGUUUCGUCAGACAAACAUUGUGUGGACAGUUUUUUGUGCUGGAAAUGUUGUUGCAGAGAAGCUAAAUGAAGCCUGGAAGAUUGAGUUUCAGAAAAAGAAAGAUGAAAAGAUUUCUUCCAGGAAAGGAUCAUUUUCAGAUUUGACCAGAAUACUGCAGUUUCUUGUUAAAUAUCUCUUGUCACCCAAAAAUUUAGUUAUACUUACUGCUUUAACUUGGCCAUACAUCAUUUUAGUAUGUCUCUUCUUUGUUUUUGUCUUCAUCAAUGGUGGAAUAGUUGUUGGUGACAGAAGUAGUCAUGAAGCCUGUUUGCACUUUCCUCAGCUGUUCUAUUUUCUGUCCUUUACUGGUUUUUUUUCAUUUCCUCAUUUACUGACCCCUACUAAAAUCAGGAAAUUCCUGUUGUCAUUGAAGAAGCACCCUGUGCAGUAUAGCUUAGUCACUGUCAUCUCUUUAUUCCUGAUCUGGAAAUUUACCUAUGUCCAUAAGUAUUUACUAGCAGAUAACAGACAUUAUACAUUUUAUGUCUGGAGAAAAGUGUUCCAAAGACACGAGCUUGUAAAAUACCUGUUAGUUCCUUUCUAUCUAUUUGCUGGCUGGAGUUUUGCUGAUACACUAAAAUCAAAAUCAAUAUUCUGGAUCUUAAUGUAUUUUGUAUGUUUAUUAGCAGUCACAGUUCCUCAAAAAUUGCUAGAAUUUCGUUACUUUAUUUUGCCAUUCUUAAUAUAUAGACUCAAUAUUCCAUUUUUGCCUCUAUAUAGACAACUUCUGGAAUUGGCAUUUUAUAUUUUAGUAAAUGCUGUAACUUUUUAUCUUUUUCUAAAUAGAACAUUCCAAUGGGAAAAUAGUGAUGAAGUACAGAGGUUUAUGUGGUGACUUUUUUGAUACUUUUAUACCUGUAGGAAAACACAGUUCUGUUUCAGGACUGGACUCUGGAAUGAGACAGUAUGUUUUGCAUCAUGUAAGGACUGUUUUCCCUAGCUGGAAUUGGGAAGUAAGCUCUGUGCUUAUAUUGUUGCAACCAAAUGCAUGAUCUGUUAUAAUGUGAAGAUACUCCACAUAUUGAAUUUAUGAAAAUGUAAAAAUUCAAUAUGAGGGGAAACGGGAGAACACGUUUCUGUAAUUAUUGUAAAAUAAGGGAGAUGUUUACUGUCAUUUUUCAUGAUAAUAAAAUAUUAUAUGACAUGCCCUUGAAGGUAAAAUAGUUUAUAAGUAUGUUUCAGAGGUUUCUUUUUUACAAAAGAAGGAUUUCAGUCUAUUAAACCUUUCUAUUUAUCUGUGUGCAUAUUUAUUCCUCAGAUCAGGCCAUUUCCUUCUAGGUUUACUAGUGGUCAAAGUAUAAACCACUAUUAAAGUACAAUGUUUUCAAAGCC